GUAACUAAUAAUUGAAGCCGCUAUUUUGUUAAAUGUUCCAACCAAACAAACACACAUGCCUAUUUCGAAAUUGGAAGUUCAAACUUCAAAGCAGCUAUCAAAUAGCCAAAACCCUCUGUUCGCAACAAAGGCCGGUGAAACAAACAGUGGAUACCGACACCAAAUUGCUUGAAUGUGGGAAUUUUGGAUAAGAUAUAGGAGAAAGGCAUAUGUUACACUUGGUGUUCUGGGAAGUGGGUAUUUUUUGUAUAAGUUGUAUGACACACAUAGGAGAAAACUCUCUGAUCAUCACACAGAACUCAAACAGGAAAGGAGAAGUGAUGAACUCAUUAAAUUCCAGGUGAAGGCACAUUUUGAGAACGUUCAAAGAAUAGCUGAUUCAACAACAUUGCCUCAUGUAGUGCGAUGUUUACGUAGUCAGAUAGAAAAAGAAUUGGACCUUACGCACUUGACAGAGAGAUUGAUGAAAGGAAAAGAUCUGCCAAAUAGUCUAACAGCUGCACAGAAGCUCGAGCUAUGGGACAGACUCAAAAUUAUAAGUUUUACAAGAAUGGUGUUGUCUCUGUGGGCUGCAACACUCCUGAGCUUAUAUAUUAGAGUUCAAGUAUAUAUAUUAGGGAGACAUCUCUAUAUAGACACAGCACGUGGCAUUGGAGGUUCUGGCCAAUUUGGUGAAAUUGAUCUAAUUGACAGAAACGACCAGCAGCAGUUUCUGGCCAGUGCAGAUUAUUUAACUUCUUUUGGCCUGCCCACCUUAAUCUCUAGUUUUGAAGGAGCAACUUCUGAAGUCCUAAAAGGAAAACAGCUGAAGGAUUUCUUCAACUCUACUGUACUUCAUGAUACUAUUAUUCAGAUAUUGAACACCUUCAUGAGCACAGGAAGUCCUCAUCACUGGCUGAGUUUUCUGAUGCCAGAGGACUCUAAGCGAAAUAACUUAGGUGUAAGCUCGAGCACUGGCAGCACAGAUCUGUCUAAUGCAUCCAAAUUUGAACAACUUAUGCUGGAGACACGAGCAGUGUUGUCAAGUACCGAAUUCAGGAAUAUCGUAGACAUAUUACUAAAAGCAGCUGUGGAUGUACUGAUGGAAGACAUAAGUGUCUUAUGUGGUGAUGCCAAUUUAACAUCAGGUAUGCCAUUAGCUAAACUUCUUCCACGAAUCGCUCACAUGGAUCAGAUCCUACUCGAAGAACCCAAUAGAAACAGGUAUAUCCAAGUUAUCCAAGACAUACCGGAAAUAGAAAUAUUUUUCACCGUGUUGUAUGCAAGUACUGCUGCUUCUUAGUUAGGAACAUUGUUAUACUGUAGCUUUAGCAUAGGCUUGGAUGUAAAAUUUUACAUUUGGGUUUUGGUUAAGUGUUAGUUGUUACCUUGCUUGAGAAAAUUCUGCUUGAGGAGUUCAAAUGUGAACAAAAUAAGAAGAAAAAGUGGAGAGUUUUUUUGGUCAAGCCUGAAUUAAUGAUUGAGGCAACUUUCUGGGUGUGUGCCAUGUUCUUUUUG